AUGACUGGUCAAGUGCUGGACGGCAAAGCAUGUGCCCAUCAAUUUAGAAGCGAUAUUGCUAAAGAAAUCAAAAGUAUCCAAAGUCACGUGCCUGGGUUCGCGCCCAAUCUUGCCAUCAUUCAAGUGGGCAACAGACCGGACUCGGCCACAUAUGUACGUAUGAAGCGUAAGGCCGCUGAAGAGGCCGGCAUUGUUGCUAAUUUCAUUCAUUUAGAUGAGUCGGUUUCUGAAUUUGAAGUUCUGCGUAACGUGGACCAGCUAAAUGAGGAUCCACGGACACACGGUAUUAUCGUGCAACUGCCAUUACCCGCUCACUUGGACGAGGACAAAAUAACCUCGAGAGUGUUGGCAGAAAAGGACGUGGACGGGUUCGGGCCCACCAACAUUGGCGAAUUGAAUAAGAAGAACGGACACCCAUUCUUCUUGCCCUGCACGCCUAAGGGGAUCAUUGAGCUGCUUCACAAGGCCAACGUCACGAUUGAAGGCUCCCGAUCCGUCGUAAUCGGCAGAUCCGACAUUGUCGGCUCUCCUGUCGCGGAAUUGUUAAAGUCUCUAAACUCCACCGUCACCAUCACGCAUUCUAAGACUCGCGAUAUCGCGUCCUACUUGCACAACGCGGACAUUGUCGUUGUUGCCAUCGGCCAGCCGGAAUUCGUGAAGGGUGAAUGGUUCAAACCAAGAGACGACACUCCCAGCGACAAGAAAACCGUGGUCAUUGAUGUUGGCACCAACUACGUGGCUGAUCCUUCCAAAAAAUCUGGUUUCAAGUGUGUCGGUGACGUUGAAUUUAAUGAAGCAAUCAAAUACGUCCACCUAAUCACACCAGUACCCGGUGGUGUGGGCCCCAUGACUGUGGCUAUGCUAAUGCAAAACACCUUGAUUGCUGCCAAACGCCAAAUGGUAGAAUCCUCGAAACCUUUGCAGAUUCCUCCCUUGCCCUUGAAGUUGCUAACACCUGUUCCUUCCGAUAUAGACAUCUCUAGAGCACAGCAGCCGAAACUCAUUAACCAACUUGCUCAAGAAUUGGGUAUUUACUCCCAUGAGUUGGAAUUGUACGGGCAUUAUAAGGCCAAGAUUUCUCCUAAAGUCAUCGAGAGACUACAGUCGCGCCAAAAUGGUAAAUACAUCUUGGUCUCUGGUAUCACACCCACACCUCUGGGAGAAGGUAAAUCCACCACCACGAUGGGUCUUGUUCAGGCACUAACAGCUCACUUGGGCAAGCCAGCUAUUGCCAAUGUCAGGCAACCCUCCCUAGGACCCACUUUAGGUGUCAAAGGUGGUGCUGCGGGCGGUGGUUACUCUCAAGUCAUUCCAAUGGACGAAUUCAACCUACAUUUGACUGGUGACAUUCACGCCAUUGGUGCCGCCAAUAACCUACUUGCUGCCGCUAUCGACACGAGAAUGUUCCAUGAAACCACUCAAAAGAACGACGCUACCUUCUACAAUAGAUUAGUACCCAGAAAGAACGGUAGGAGAAAGUUCACUCCUUCCAUGCAAAGGAGACUAAAUAGACUGGGUAUUCAAAAGACCAACCCUGACGAUCUAACACCUGAAGAGAUCAACAAAUUCGCCAGAUUGAACAUCGACCCAGACACUAUCACUAUCAAGAGGGUGGUAGACAUCAACGACAGAAUGUUAAGACAGAUCACUAUUGGUCAAGCUCCUACCGAGAAGAACCACACGAGGGUUACUGGAUUCGACAUCACCGUCGCUUCAGAAUUGAUGGCUAUUCUUGCUCUUUCAAAGGACUUGAGAGACAUGAAGGAACGUAUUGGACGAGUCGUUGUUGCUGCUGACGUAAACAGGUCUCCGGUUACUGUAGAAGAUGUGGGUUGUACCGGCGCUUUAACCGCCUUAUUAAGAGACGCGAUCAAGCCUAAUUUGAUGCAAACUUUAGAAGGUACUCCCGUUUUGGUCCAUGCCGGUCCAUUUGCCAAUAUCUCUAUCGGUGCUUCUUCUGUCAUCGCUGAUCGUGUAGCUUUGAAAUUGGUUGGCACCGAACCAGAGGCAAAAACAGAGGCUGGUUACGUGGUCACCGAAGCAGGGUUCGAUUUCACCAUGGGUGGUGAGAGAUUCUUUAAUAUUAAGUGUCGUUCCUCCGGAUUAACGCCUAAUGCCGUGGUGUUGGUUGCUACCGUCAGGGCUUUGAAGUCCCACGGUGGUGCUCCAGACGUCAAACCUGGCCAACCUUUACCUUCCGCAUAUACCGAGGAAAAUAUCGAGUUUGUAGAAAAGGGUGCUGCCAACAUGUGUAAACAAAUUGCCAACAUUAAGCAAUUUGGCGUCCCUGUUGUUGUAGCAAUUAACAAGUUUGAAACCGACACUGAAGGUGAAAUCGCCGCCAUUAGAAAAGCUGCCCUAGAAGCAGGUGCAUUUGAAGCAGUAACCUCUAACCAUUGGGCCGAAGGUGGUAAAGGUGCUAUUGAUUUAGCGAAGGCCGUCAUCGAAGCUUCCAACCAACCGGUGGACUUCCAUUUCCUAUAUGAUGUUAAUUCAUCCGUUGAAGACAAAUUAACCACUAUCGUUCAAAAAAUGUACGGUGGUGCCGCAAUUGAUAUCCUACCUGAAGCGCAACACAAAAUUGACAUGUACAAGGAACAAGGCUUCGGUAACUUGCCAAUUUGUAUUGCCAAGACCCAAUACUCUUUGUCCCACGAUGCAACUUUGAAAGGUGUUCCUACCGGAUUCACUUUCCCCAUCAGAGACGUCAGAUUGUCUAAUGGUGCUGGAUACUUAUACGCUCUUGCUGCUGAAAUUCAAACCAUUCCUGGUUUGGCUACUUAUGCUGGUUACAUGGCUGUCGAAGUCGAUGAUAACGGUGAGAUCGAUGGGCUGUUCUAA